GGCCGGGCUCGCGGAGGCCGUGCUCCGGAACGUGGCCAGGUGCGGCUACGACAAUCCCACGCCGGUGCAGCGCUACUCGAUUCCGAUAGUGCUGUCCGGGAGGGACCUCAUGGCGUGCGCGCAGACCGGGUCCGGGAAGACGGCCGCGUUCUGCCUCCCUGUGGUGAGCGGGCUGGUGGCGGCGGCGGCGGAGGGAGGGCAAGGUGGCGGAGGGGGUCGCGGCGACAGGGAUGCGUACGACUACGACUACCGCCGCGCGGCGAGGCCACUCGCUCUCGUGCUCGCGCCCACCAGAGAGCUUGCAGCGCAGAUUAAUGAGGAAGCAAAGAAGUUCGCUCACAAAACUGGACUCAAAGUUAAGGUGGCCUAUGGAGGAACUUCAAUGGUUCAACAGCUACGUGAUAUAGAGAAAGGCGCAGAUAUUCUUGUUGCUACACCCGGGCGCCUUGUGGACAUGAUUGAAAGAGGAAAGAUCUCUCUUGAGGCAAUUAAGUACCUGAUAAUGGACGAGGCUGACAGGAUGCUGGAUAUGGGGUUUGAGCCUCAGAUAAGGAAGAUUGUUGAUGGGAUGGGUAUGCCACGAAAGUCGGUUAGACAAACUAUGCUGUUCAGUGCAACCUUCCCACCAGAAAUACAGAGACUGGCUUCAGACUUUUUGUCAAAGUACAUAUUUAUCACUGUUGGGAGGGUGGGUUCAAGUACUGACCUAAUUACGCAGCAAGUUGAGUUUGUCACUCACGAUGAGAAAAGAACCUACCUGAUAGAUCUCUUACAGAAACAAUCUUUCACUUCAUCUGAUGGCAAGCCUCAGCAGCCUCUAACGUUGGUUUUUGUGGAGACCAAACGAGAAGCUGAUUCAUUGAGGUAUUGGCUAUACAACAAAGGUUUCCCUGCAACAGCGAUCCAUGGUGACAGAACACAAGAGGAGAGGGAAAGCGCACUGAGAUCUUUCAAGUCUGGCUUGACCCCUGUCAUGGUCGCCACUGAUGUAGUCGCGCGAGGCCUGGAUGUCCCAAAUGUUGCUCAUGUCAUCAACUAUGAUCUUCCCAAGAGCAUAGAGGAUUAUGUCCACAGGAUUGGAAGAACUGGGAGAGCUGGAAAUGCUGGGAGUGCCACCGCCUUCUUCACUGAAUCGAACCACCCCAUCGCAAAGGGUUUACUGGAACUGAUGACCGAGGCAAAACAGAAUGUUCCUACCUGGCUAGAGGACUACGCAGGGAAGCCAUUCUAUGGAGGGUCAAGCUUCGGCGGAAGAGGCCGAAGGUCCAAUGGCGAUGGUGGCAGCAGCUUUGGUGGCAGAGAUUAUCGCGGUGGGGGUGACUAUUCUGGCUACUCUGGCGGUGGUGGCGGUGGCAGGAGCUACUCUGGCGGCGGUGGCGACCGCUACUCUGGUGGUGGCGGCGGCGGUGACCGCUACUCCGGCGGCGGUUGUGGUGACCGCUACUCCGGUGGCGGCGGCGGUGGUGACCGCUACUCCGGUGGCGGUGGCAGGAGCUACUCUGGUGGCGGUGGUGGUGACCGCUAUUCUGGUGGCGGUGGUGGUGACCGCUAUUCUGGUGGUGGUGGUGGUGACCGCUACUCCGGCGGCGGUGGUGGUGGCAGAUACUCCAGUGGCGGGGGCUCCUCCAGGGAAAGUGAUCCACCUCCACGCUACUACCCUUCCUACCCCAUGGGCACGUCAAACAUCAGCGCCUCUGGCUGGGACUAGCCGCGUAGCACCCUCACUUCUCGGUGGUGCACAUACCGUAUAUAUUACUGCUACUAGCUAAAUUAUGUAACGGAACCAAGCAGCGCGUGGCACACCUGAUCUGAGCUCGGUGCCUGCUCGUCCUUUUUUGCCUUGUCGAUGGCUGCGUUAUGGUGCACGCACUGGGGUAGGUUGCAAAUGUUUUGCUGGGAAGAUGAGACUCCACUUGGUGCUUAGAAGUUAAAACUUGUUGGCUAUAUUAUCUUUUAAGGUCGACUUUGCCUUGCCAUAUGUUCUGCAAAUGGAAAUUUUGUUGGGCUCACUGGCAUUGUGCAUGUUGUGGUCCGGUUAUGCUGGAAUGUCUAGUUGGACUACAUUGAUUUUGACUU